UUUACACAGUUCCAUAGAAUAGAGUUUGCUAAUCCACACCAACAACCGAGGCGCACGGCGCCGACUCGUCGGCACACGCAGAUCGAUUCCGCAGAUGCUUGCCGACCUAGCAGCAUUGCACGAGUCGAUUGAGCAACGGAGUGGGACGCUAUAGCCACCGCAAGUAGACCCACGACGGUGGGUUCGAUCAGAAAAGCUGAAGAUUGGACCAGUUGCUGCGGACAAUGGUGGGUUUUUUGUUCGAGGUGUGCGUGGAUUCGCUUCACGGGGCCUUGGAAGCGCAGAGAGGAGGCGCAGGCCGAAUCGAGCUCUGCAGCAAUCUGGAUGUGGGUGGGUUAACGCCGAGCUACGGAUUGAUGAAGCUCGUGAGGAAGCGAAUUCAGGUUCCCGUCCAUGUACUCAUUCGGCCGCGAGCUGGGGACUUCGUGUACUCGGAACUGGAGGUGGAGAUCAUGGUUGCCGACAUCGGGGCGGUGGGGGAAUUAGGGUUACAAGGAGUAGCGAUCGGGGUGCUGACCGAGACGCACGAGAUCGACAUGAAAGUGAUGCGUGUCCUGCUGGACGAGUGCCGUCGCUACAAUCUCUCGGUCACCUUCCACCGCGCCUUCGAUUGCGUGCGCGCACCCUUGGAAGCGAUCAAGAUGGUGCAGUAUCUGGGGGACGUGUCGCGCGUUUUGACGUCGGGGCAGCAGCCGACGGCGGUGGAGGGGCUGCUUCUUCUGGGCGCGUUGAUGCAGGAGGCAGGGUCGAACGUUCUAAUUCUGCCCGGUGCUGGGAUCACGGAGGAGAAUGCGGCGCACAUCGCCAGUGAGCUGGGCGCAAUUGAGUUGCAUGGUAGCGUGCGCAAGGAGCUGGCCGUUUGUGCAUCGACCAACCUCCUUCCGGGUGACAAAAAUCGUGUGAUUUGGACAGUGGACGUAAAGAAGCUUCACACCAUUUACCACCGGUGUAGAACUUCUCUGAAAGUGGAUGACCUAUGUACUCGCGAUCCUCCCGAGGAGGACAAUUGUUAAUAUAGUGUUAAUAUAAUGCAAUUGUUAAUACAGUUUUUGCUCAAACUGGGUUUUCCCAAC